UUGCAUAACUACAACAAUAAGAUAGAGAAAUUUUUCAUUUGCUUCGUCCCGUGUAUUCACUUCCUGCACGAAAAGCUUUUAAACCAAAUCAAAUGAGAAGCAUGAGAUUGCUUCUUUUAUUUUCUUUCAGUACUCUCAUGUUACUUGAUGCAUAUGGUUUUACUUUUACCGAUGAAACUGAUAGGAAAGCAUUGCUCGACUUCAAAUCUCAAGUUUCUGAAGACAAACAAGAUGUCUUGUCCUCAUGGAAUAACUCAUUCCCUCUCUGUAACUGGAGAGGGGUUACGUGCGGCCUCAAACACAAGAGAGUUACCGGUUUGGACCUUGGAGGAUGGCAGUUAGGGGGAGUGAUAUCACCAUCGAUCUAUUGUUUCGAGGGAGAGGUGCCAACAGAAGGAAAAUUUCAGAAUGCUACUGUAGUUACAGUAUUUGGAAACAAGGGUGUGGAGGCAUCAAGGAAUUGAAACUAAAGCCAUGCACUGUGCAAGCACAACCAAUGGAGACUAGCUAUUUCUCUCUUUCGAAGAAAGUUUCCAUUGGGGAGUCUUUGUUCAACCAACUAAGCUCGGCGAGCGUCAGAGGAACCAUUGGCUAUGCCGCACCAGAAUAUGGAAUGGGAGGACAGCCAUCAAUAUAUGGUCAUGUGUAUCUUUUUUUUUUUUUUGGUAAAAUGUUAAUAUAAUGUGUAUAGCUUUGGUGUUCUUGUUUUGGAAAUGUUCACUGGAAAAAGACCAACGAACGAGUUAUUUGGGGGAAGCGUUACCUUGCACAGCUACACCAAGUUGGCGUUGCUAGGGAGAGUAUUGGACAUUGCAGACACUUCGAUUCUUAAUAGCAGUCUCAGCGUUGGUUUCCCUCUUGGUGAAUGCUUGACAGUGGUUUUGGAGGUGGGACUUAAGUGUUGUGAAGAAUCUCCCAAGAACCGUUUGGCAACGAGUGAAGCCAGAAAGGAUUUAAUCUUAAUCAGAGAGAGGUAAUUUGCAGCCAAACAUUGAUGAUGUGUUUAUUGUUUCCUCUACAGACUUUAAAUAUGAUUAUGCUUGCAGAAUGUGAUGCUAUCUAUAUGCAGAAAAUAGACCAAAUGUUGUGUGAUGAUUACGUAUUUAUGAUUUUAUUUCCCUCGUCAAGCAACGAGCUUUAGAUCUCGACCUCGCCUCUACAAGGUACUACUGCUUUCUUGGUUGAUCGAAAUCAAGAAAAAAUGUAUGCUUUAUCGAAUAUUAGGGUUCAUGUGUGAUCGCAGAGGUUCAGGGGAUGCAGAGACUCAACUCGUUCCUCAUGAUUCUUCAGAUGAUGGUAGCGUGAAGUGUCAGAUUGUUUGUUCAUUAUCAUGACAUGCGUGUGUUUGCAUGAGCUUGGUUUUGUUGUAGAUUGGGAAGCUCUUGCGGAUCGUGAACCGAGUACAUUACUCUCUGUAGAAGAGUUGCCUCAAAUGUCUAAGCUUUCGGUUGAAGAACGUAAGGAGGAAGGACCUAAGAGGCGUGGAAGGGGGACUUUUACUUAUAAGAAGGAUGUCGUGUACAGUUGAAGUCUUAUUACUUUUCUGAAAUGUAAGCUGUUACUAUUAGCAUAGUUAGAGUAGUCUGAUUAGUCUUAGCAUAGUUAGAGUUAUUAUCACAAGUGGGUCAAGCCCAACUCCUGCGAAGCCCAACGCUAGUUUGAACAAAACGCAGAACUUUGCUCUUCAGCUCCAACGGUUUUCUUCCUGCACAAGACAAAACGUUAGUAAGGACAAGACCAAAGUGAGCAACAGAAAGGAAAAGCAAAUUGGAGAGGGCAAGCCAGCUGGUCAAGUACAGGCUGUCAAGAUCCAAAACAGAUACGCUUUGCUACAUGAUGAAGGAGCACAAAGCUAAAAACCUAGUUUACAACUCUAUAUAAUGUAACUCAUGUUGUAAACAAAACCUUAAGAGAGAGAUCAUAAUAAGAAAGUCAAGUAACUUAUCUUUGUUGUUCACGCGUUCAUGGUAUCAGAGCACACGGUGCCACCAUGGAUCUUGAGCCUUGUGACCCUCCUUGUCUAAAUAUCAUUCACUGUGUUACCGUAAAGCUCAAUGAGCAAAACUUUUUCUUCUGGAAACGUCAGUUUCAGUCUUUUCUCAGUGGGCAGCGUUUGUUUGGCUUCGUUACUGGUACCAUCCCUCAGCCAGUUACUACCAUCUUGGCUCCCACCAUUCAUGGUACCUCUACGCCUGUUCCAAACCCU